UGGCGGGGCAGGACAUCAGUUCUGGGAAUCCCCGGGAGAACCAGGGGAGUGUAACAUGGGACCCCCGGAGUGGGGAAGGUAGAGGGGGUGAUAGCAGAGUUGGAGGACCCCCGGGAGCCUGGAGGGGUGGGGGAAAACAGAGAUGAGGGAAGGUCAGGAUGCCCGACCCUGAAAGGGGUAGCAGGGAGAGGGAGGAGCCCCAAGUGCCUGGGGUGAGGGGACCUCAAGAGGGCGACCCUGGGACAACCUGUGAGCUGAAGCAGAAUCAAGGGAAAAGGAAACCCGGAACCCCCCAGAAUCCCUAAGCUGGAUUCCAAAGAGGGGAGAUCAUCAGGGUUUGUGGGGACCCCAGAAUUCCAAUGGAGGGAGACCAUCUAGGGGGAACUCCUGGGAAGGGUUUUUUGGAUUGAUCCAGGGGGAUGUGGGCAGCAUGGAGUGACCAUUAUCCCCAUUCAGUUCUCUUGCACCACUGGGAGUGAACUGGGGAUAAAAUGAAGCCUGGGAAGGAGAGAGGGGUGAGGGAAAUGAAUUUUACUAGGAUGUGGUUGAAUUCUUAUUCUUUUGUGGUUUGACUGGAUAUAAAUUCAAAUAAUUUCCCCCCACGCCAGCUCUGUCAUGCCCAUGGCAGUGCCAGGGGAGAGCCCUCUCUCUGCCCUGGUCCAAGCAAGAACCUUUCUUUGGGUGUUCUCUGCCCUGUCUGGAGCAGAAAGGCACUGUCCAGAGUAGCCUUGGUUGCAUCAGGCACUCAGCCAGACUCAAACCAUUACAUGGGAAUGUUAAACAUAAAGCUUAAGCAAACAAGAGUUUCUGGAGAGUAUUUUCCACCCCUUUGCCUUUCCUGGGAGCCAUAGGGCAACAUGCUAGGCACAACAGCCCAAACUGCUGGAGCACAGCCAAGUGCUCAGACUGUGACUGUGAACUCUUUGCCCUCAUUCCCAGUGUGUGAUGAUACUUAAUCAGCCUCAGGGAUCUGUUUCCACUCUCUAUGAGCUCAUACUUACACAGCCCCAGGGAUUUGGUUCAGUCUCCAUUAGCUUGGCUGUGAGGGUAAGUUCUGGAAAAGCAGCUUAUUUAUGUAAAACUCAGGGCUGGUUGAGUUGGCACUGGGUGGAAAGAUGCCACGGAUGGGAUGGAGCUGAACACCCAGAUCGUACCCUCGUCUUUGAGGGGAUAGAAAUAACCAACUGAUGAAAUAAAUGUAGCAAACUAAAGAGAGAGGGGAAUAAAACCCCAAACUCAUUACUUUACAACUGGUUUUAUUGAAGCUUUUGCCACCAUGGGGUUGGUUUGAGUGUCUGGAUGUGUUUUUAAGGUGAGUUCUAGUUUUUGCUGCCUUGUAAGUGGUUUUCAGUGAUUUUAUUGGGUUUUUUCUUCUAGCCCGUUCUAGCUCUUGCAGCAGUGCCAUUGCGAUGUGUUAGUAUUUGGGGGCCCUCACACCCCUUGAUGCAACUUCAUGUGAGCAAAGCCACCCUGAGAAGACACAGGUGUGUCCCUGCACUGCUGCAGGGGAGAGAUCCCUGGCCCCAGCUCCACUUCUGCCCUCCCCAGCUCUGCUCCCUCUUGCCCCUUUGCAGGUAUGGGGGAGGAGAGGAAAAACCUGCAUCAUUCUUCUGCUUCCAAGCCCAGAGAGAGUUUAUUUUAACUCUUGUUCUGGAAGGGAGUUGGAGCCUUUCUGUGGAGCAGAGGCUGUGCCCAGGAGUGGGAAAUGUCUCUGUACGGGAAGGCUGCUAGGUUCCAUUACCCCUAGAUCAUCCAUGGCACUUGUGGCCUGUGGGUGAAGGGGCCAGAGGUGUCCCUGGGAGAGGGUUUGUGAGCUGAUGCCUCCCCACUCUGCAGAAUUUCCUGAAGCAGCUGCUUUGAUCCAAAACAGGUGUGUGAGUGGGUGGGACUCAAGAAAUCUGAGAGAGAAGAAAUGAGGGGAAAAGAUUGGAGGGAGAGAAAUUUCUGUGCCUCCAUCUCCUUUUCCCACCUCUUCCUCCCCCACCAGUUUUUCACCCCAAAAUGCCCCAAGCUGCAGCCUGGAGCAGGAGGAAUUGGGUGGGGGGUUGGAGACAGUAACAAAACACCACAUCAAUUAAACCAAAAUUCAAGCAUCUGGAGGGGAAAAAAACAUCCUCUUGGAUGUCUUACCUUUGUAGACACAGGCAGGUGGUUCUCAUAUGGAAAAUAUUUACCUGGGAGAAGUACCAGGUGCAGGGGCUGGUAAUAAUUUAAUUUACAAUGAUGACAAAAACAUCUGCUGGGCAUUGAUGUGAGUGAUUUACAUAGUUGUAAUAACUAUAGAAACUCUUUUCAGUUGCCAGUCACUUGACAGCAGCAUCCACAGGUAUUUCCAGUCUGUGUCAGUCAACCAUUGUUCUGUUUCCCUGAUUUUUUUUUUUCCUUAUAAAUAUUCAGCAGAUUGUUCCUGUGGGACAAGCUUUGCUUUGCUGAGGAGAGCUGUGACUACCCAGGAGGAUGGGAGGAUUAUCAGCUUUUUGUGUUUUUGUUUUAGGAUCACAGGAGCAUCCUAGUAAAGCCCUAGGAGGGAGCAGGACCUGGUUGGGCCCUGUGAGCUUGGAGUGUUGUCCAAGAUCACUUCGUGGCAGGAGGAGGUGAGGGACACUCUUGUCCCUGGAGGGUGUCCCUGUCCCCUCUGUGGCGCCGGGAAUGGCAGAAGUCCCUUGUGAAGAAGGUGGAGACUCAGCUGCUGUGAUGGAGCUGCUGCAGCAGAGAGCAGAGGGAAGGACCAAUUUCAGCCUCAGAUGCACCAAUGACAGAAAGGUGACCAUUGCGGUCACUGUGCUCGCUGUGGUGCUGCUUCUUACUGUCGCCAUCCUCACACUGGCAGCUAAGAAACACCCACCCUGCUCAGCUCCCACCCUGCCCAGCUGCCUGGAGAGUGGGAUCGGCUUUGGGAACAAGUGCUUUUACUUUCUGGAGGAGGAAGUGGACUGGGAAGGGAGUCAGCACUCCUGCCUCUCCCGCCAAGCCCACCUGGCCACCAUUGACACCAGGGAGGAGCUGCGUUUCCUCCUGCGCUAUGGGAACUUCAUGGAGUUCUGGGUUGGUCUCUGGAGGGAAGGUUCUGGACCUUGGAAAUGGCUCAAUGGCUCCCUCUUCAAUGCCCUGUUUGACAUCCAGGGCAAUGGCCACUGCGCCUACACGAACUCCCACAGGAUCAGCAGUGACAGGUGCUCUGAGAUGAAAUUCUCCAUCUGCAGCCACCUGCAGAGACACCCCAGUGAAGUCCAGAAGGAUACAGAAAUCCUGAAUUCCACCUGAAACCUCCCUCUUAACAGAGAUCCACCACCAGCUGGUGUUAACCCCACACAAUGUGGUACUGAGUCUCUGUUGUUUGUAUUUGUUUAAACUUUAGCUGGCAAACAACUUGCAGGUCGGGAUGAGUCUGUUUGCUGAAACUCUGUCUGUUGAGAUAAGUCCAUUUGCUAAAGUGAAAACCAAUGAUUGUGCAAAAAAAAAAAAAAAAAAAAUCAAUCAAAACCUGCACUCUGGAGCAGGUCGUAAAGAGGCAAACUGGGAGGAGUUUAAGGGGAGAAGUCUGUGGAGGACUGACCCCAUGGAAGGGACCCCACCCUGGAGCAGGACAAGGACUCCUCUCUCUGUUGGGGAAACAGCAGUAUGAAGUGACCAUAACCCCCUCUUCCAUUCUCCUUGCACCAGUGAUGAGGAGGAAGGGGAGGGAGUUGGGGAUAAAGUAAAGCCUGGGAAAGAGGGAGGGGUGGAGGAAAGGAGCUUUAUUAGGAUUAUUUUUGCUUGUCAUUUUCUGGGACCACAAGGGCAACAGCCUGUACUCAACAGCCCAAACUGCUGUUGAGCAGUGGCCCUUGGCCAUGCCAUGUUCUCUGUCUGUUCCAUGUUCCCUGCCUCUCCUGUGUCCCUAAGGCUCUGUGGGGCUGAGGCAGCAAUGAAAUCCAGGGCAGCCCUGGGGUGGAACAACCCUGAGCCCAGCUGAGCCAGUUCACCUAAUUCUACCCAGAGAGGGCUCAGGUAACUCUCAGAAUGGGCCUUAUGGUUCCCAGUCACAACUAUUAUGGUCCUAGUAAUUCCCACUAUGAUCCCAGUCACUCCCAGUAUCAUCCACUGUGAUCCCAGCAUGGUUCCAGGUUCUCAUUCACCCCUAAUAUGGUUCUGGUCACCUCCAGUAUGAUUAUUCCCACUAUGACUCCAGUCCCUCCCAGUAUAAUUCCAGUAUGAGCACGGUCACUCUCAGUAUGAUGCCAUUUGUUCCCAGCUCCCAAUAACCCAGUAUGCUUCCAGUCACUCCCAGAUACUCCCAGCAUUAUUCCAGUAACUCCCUUUAAGGUUGCUUUAUAACCUCAAUUAUUCCCAGUCUCUCCCAGUAUAUCCCACUUACCCCCAGUGUUUCCACUCACUUCCAGUUGGUCUCAGCAGAUUGCAGCAUGAUUCUAGUUGCUCUUAGCCACUCCCAGUCACCUCUAGCAUGACUGUGUCGAGUGUAAAAAUAUUGCAGUUUGAAACUUAGACCUGAAGUAUUUCCAACAAGCUGUGGGACAGUAGCUUUUCCUAAAGGAUGUGCAGCAUCACAGAGACAUCAUCAGUGUGACUGUGGGUGCUUGGAGCUUUGUUCUGUGCCACUCUGGGAUGUCAUGAAACAGGACUUCACCUGUCACCAGCCCUGUCGCCCUCUGCCACCACAGCUCCUUGGACCUUGUGUCCACAAAACCAGACACAAAGAAUUUCUGCUGCUCCCUUCUUUGCACAAAUCCAUGCAGAGCUGGGAUUUUCCCAAACUCUUCUGUCUCCAUUGCUCCUUAUUCCUAAAGAACCAGCACUCCCUCCUGAUGAACACUGCAAGUUCCAGGAAUGGCCAUCGGCUCCCUUUCCUGCCCAGAAUUCUUGAAACUGUUUCUAAAUGCUGCUCCCUUCAGCUCUUGGACAGCUACUCUGUACACAGAGCUGGGAAAAAAACCCACAGGUCACCUCUCAUGAGGGAAGUGCUGCCAGAGUUAGAGGUGUGUGGGAAAUCUCUGUCCCUCCAUAGAUUUUUCUUAGAGCUCUACAUGGGGUGUGCAGAGAUGGUUUUUGUAUAGAAAGGAUGGAGAGUGCUUCGUGUAACACUUUCCAUCUUCAUGUUUGUUCCCUAUCCAUGGACACAGAAACAUCUAAGAGCCCUUUGCACAGACAGACCCAUUUGGUCCUGGAUAAAGAAGUGCAGUGGGGAUGGGUGGGCAGCGAGUCCCAGAAAGGGGUGAGAUCUGGCUCCAGCCCUGCCAGGUCCUGUCAAGGCUCAACGCCAGCUCCUCUGGAAUGGGAAAGCCCUUCAGCCUUGUUCCUGCAUAGAGGGGCAAUGCUGGCCUAGCAGAACAGGUUGUUCUCCCCACAAGGUUCAGGAGACGAGAACACAACACUUGCAAAUGCUGGCUGGAGCCACAGCCCAGGAACCUCAUCUCUGGCAGUUGCUCUGGGACCAUCCUCUACCCCAGGCUGCAGGGGAUGCAGCAGGAUCCUGGCUAUCCUGCAGGGAGAACUGCACACAGGCAGGAUUUAGUUCCCACAAACAGCCAAGCCAGGGGUGCAGCACAGCUGCUUCAGCCCAGCUCACACUGCUGUGCACUGGGCUCUGGGGCUGGAGCUCCCCACAGAAGGGAUGGCACUGCUGGGCCACAGGAGACAAACCAGCUACAGCCUAAAUCUCACUGAGGUAGGGGGAUGGGAAGAGUCAGGAAGGUAAAGAGCAGUCACAGAGCUCAUCCUGCUGGAGGGACAAGGGAAAAAGAGGUGCAACACAACAGUGAGGACAGCCGAGGGCUGCAGAGCAGCUCUGAAUGACACCAUAACCUCUCACAGCACCCCUGUGACAUUGCUGUUGUGCAGUCUGGGACAAGCAGAGUGGAAAAGUCCAAGCCCUUCCUCACCUACAAAACAAAGGAGCCAGUGUAUGGCUUUUGGAGUCCCACUUCUGCUCCCCCAUGGGGCUUUGCUUUGGUCGGGCUGUCUGCCCCCAGCCCCAAGCACAGCAGGUGCUGUUGGCAGGACCAGGAGCUGACUCCCAUUUCAUUACAUCCCACUGAGCCCUGCCAAAAAGCAGCUUGGCAGCCAACUGAAGAAUUUGUUGCAUCUGCCCCAGCAAAAGGGGGAACUUCUGGUGCCCAGCCAGGCCAUGCCAUGACGAUCUGGGAGCAUCCCCCUGGCUGUGGACUCACCUGCAAAUUGGGUGUGGAUAUGUCUUUGAAGAAGGUGCUGGAACUGAAGUCAGUCUUCAGCUUGCCAGCAGUCAGGUCAAGGAAAAGAUUGUCAUCCUUGAGGUCGUCCUUGGUGUUUCCAGUAGCAGCAUCACCUGGUACAGCUUCUCCAGGGGCUCCUUGUCCUUCCCUGGGGGCCAGACCAGGCUUUCACUGUUCUGCACAGGGUCCUAGAUGUCAGUCAGACAAGCAGAAAAUUAGUUGGAUGGAGCCCAGUAGUGCUUGGCAGACCAGGUCUCCAGCUCAGCUCCAGCACAAGAGCUGUGUUUUCCCUUCUAAUGGUCCCUGAUCAGAGCUACAGGCAGGAGAAAAACAAUCUGGUUUGCUUUGCCACUGGUUGCUAAGAGAUGCAUGGAGCUGUUACCUGCCAGGCCCUUGGAUCCAACUGUGCAUGUGUGUGAAAAACACGUUCACUCUCCUGUGAAAAUUUAAAAAGUUUAAUAAAGGACAAUAGGAGAAAAGGACCAUAGAGCAAAGGUUAUUAUGGACGGGUGCAUCUUGGCACUCAGCCAAGACCACCCUGUUACCUUCAGGGAGCCCCCUUAAAUACCUUCUCCCUUACAUCAGCCUAUUGCAUAUUCAUAGACUCUUCUGCAUAGAAAACUUUUCCCCAAUCUAGUUUACAUGUCCCAAGAACUGUUUACCAUGGCUCCUCCUUGGUUCCACCUUUUUAGAGUAUGCAUAUUCCUUGGUUGUGGUCUUUGUCCUUUUUUAUCAUCUUCAGUUUUGGCCCCAGCCCACAUUAUCUUCAGACAGUGAGUGUUAGUAGUUGGCAGAUCUGUAGCAAGUAUCUUCAUCAUCCAGUUCAUUGGAUUUUAUCCCAUCCAAGUAGGCAUUUUAACACAAGCAUACUUAUAUUAGCUAUUUCACUACUAUAUCUAAGCUUAAUUAACAACAGAAAUAAAAAUUAUAUAUUUAUAGCAAAGUUACUUUAACACUACAGUUAUAAAAUCCAUUUUAAUAUUUGCAAAAAGCCAGUAUUAUAAUAUGUAUCUAUAACAUUCCCUCCUUUUAUUCUCUAUAAAUAAUUUGGCUUGAGCAAUAUUUCUUGUCCACUUCCAUUCUUUGGACUAUGCUGGUAAUUACUCGAAUUACUCGAAAACAGGAGAUUAAACAAGGAAGAAAUAUUAAACCAGUUGUAACACAUAAAUGGAAGAAGCCUAAUUUCUUCCACCAAUCUAUUCCCAAAUACUUUACCCCACCAGCUAGUUUUUAACACUUUCCCAAUUUUCGACCAGUACCUGGGUUAUUUUUCUGAUAUAUUUUGCUUUUUUCAGGAUGACAUCCCUAUUGUCAUCUAUUUUCAACAAUCUGAUUUAUUAUAAGCUUUCCACAAACACCCCCUUCUUUAGCCAAUAAAUAGUCUAAAGCCAAAACUUUUCUGAUACACCACAGUUUUUGUUUGGCUUUGGUGACUUUAUAUUAAUUCCAAUGCCCAAGCAACUUUGUUUGUUAGCAUCUCUGUAACUGUUUGGAGUCUUAUAAUACAAUUCAGCAUAUAAUUUAGGGCCGAUACAGUAUGCUGGUUUUACCUUUCUGUUUAUUAAUUGUUCUUUUACCAAACCUUGGACUGUAUCUCUAAGGUCAAAUGUGAAAUAAAUCCAUCUCUCUCCUUUCAGACAUUCAAUUCCCAGUCUAUUACCACUUUUUCCUAAGUUUCUUACAAGUCAAUAUUUUUCCCCAUUUUACAGGUACUUAAUUUGGAUGGGUUAUAACAGUGACUGUUGACAUGGGUGUGUGUAAUAAAAAAGGAACUUUGGUUUCUUUCCAUGUAAUGCUUUCAGCAGCAUUUGUGACACGAGCUUGCCUGUAUCCCAAAAGGGAAAAGACAAUGAAUGAGUGAUAGAAAAAGGAAUAACAGAGGUCUGGUAUGUCUUAUACCCCUACCUUCCCUGCCUAUGAGGUUGCUACCCAUAGCAGGUGUAUAUGAUCUUCUCAAUGGCAAGUACAGCGGCCAACCUAGGCUUGCCCUCUAUAUCCUUGUAAUGUCCUUUUUGCUAAUUACCAGGCAAAUAGUUUUUGACACUCCUUAACUGUGGUUUCCCACCAUUCCUCAGGUAUCUCCCAUUCAACAGGCACUAGUAAUUCCCACCCACAAAGCAAAGUUUUGUCAGUUGCUUUGAGUUCUGUCUGGAUGGGGGAUAGAUUUGGUACUCAACACUUCCUGCAAUGAAAGGGUCAAUUUUGUGAACUACAGUACCAAUUUUUCCCACAAUUUAAACAUUUACAUACAACCCAGCUAGUGUGUCCAGUAUUAGGAUGAAUCAGACAGGGUAUAUGGUAUGGCACUGAUGGAAAUUGUAAUUCCUCCUCUUCUUUAUAUGUCACAGAAAAUGAGAACCAAAACAAUCCUGAUCCUCCUGUUAGAAGUGGAAGUAUUCCUCCCCAAGGAAGGUAUCAGAGGCAUCUCGGGACUUGUCCAGGCAGCACUUGAAACCACUGAUGUAAGCUUGACCUUAUUUCCCAAUUAGCUGUGAUUCUUUGUACGUGUCUUGGAUCAUUUGGCUCUUCCCAAACCAUUACCACCCAAUCCCUGUUUGAAAGUCAAUUUGGUAUCACAUGGUUUAGAUGUGAUAGUGAAACAUAAUUUUAAAAAUUUAAGAUUUUAGCUGAGGGUUAGAACCAAUUUAUAUUGAAGUUAGAUACACCAAUGAUAAGUUAAUGAUUAGUAGAUGUUUAAACUAAAGCUAAUUGUUAUAUUCUGAGCUCACUUAUAGAAGGAAGUGGAGCAAGUGAACCAUUAUAGGAACAUAUUGAAACGAGUAGAAUGAUGCCAACCACCUGGACUCUAUGUCAAUCCAUCACGAAGCAGGGGGCCUUGGAUCAUGCCAGAGGGUCACAGAGACCUGAUGAAGACCUUCCUGAAUUCAUCCAUGGGACCACUGAUCCAGUUCGAGACCACUGACCCAAUUCAAGAGAACUGCACACACAAGAAUGACUAAUAACCUCAUUUUAAUACAAAGUGGGGAUGGGAGGUGCUAGAGUUAUGCAUAUAUAUUAUUUUGGCAAAUAAAUAGAAGGCAAAAA